CUUCUCGUAACGCGUUACGAUAUUCUUCAAUGUGUUUGGAAAUAAACAUCGCAAAUGUCCAUUUCAAUAAUAUAGACCCUAAUGAAUUACUUUAUAUGUAGGAAAUGUGUGUUAAUAGUGAUAUCAAUGAUGCGAACUUCUAUUUACAGUGAUUGUGAUAACACCAAUCUACAUUCACAAAGUGACGCCAUUUUACGGGAAUGACCAGCCCGCGGCUGCCUCUUAUUAGGCCUGGUGCAAGGAGCUCUGUUCUUAAACGGAUGCAUGGAAACAAAUCUAGAUUUUUGUUCUCUUACUGGAAGUACGAUUUCACAGAAAACUAUGGAAGAUGGUAAUACUGGGAGUGCGAGAGAUGAUAGAACAACAUCGACCUUUGGUAGUUUUUAUGGUGAUAAAACUUCGAAAGUGACUACAAACGGACAUGACUUUGCUGGCGAGCCGUCUAUUCCUUCGGAAAAUUCCUACGAACCACGACGUCACAGCGCGGAUGCCACCCAAGACGACAAAUGUAAAAAACGUAUUAAUCCACUAAGAAUUCAUCUGGGAAAACGACCAUUUGUGGAUAAUUCUGUUCCAUACAAUAAUACUAAUAAGAAGAAAAAGCCAUGUAUCCCUAAAACUAAUGAUACUUAUGCAAAUAAAACUACAAAUCCAAGAAUUCCUAAACUAAUACCAAAACGCUUAGACCAUAGUCAGUAUAAUGCUACAUCACAACAAAUGGAUUCUGUUCAUGAAAAUGAACAAGAUAAGCCUGUACCUCGGCUUGUACCCAAAAGUCAACUAUUACAAUUUAAGAAGAACAAAAUUGAAAAAGUAUCACAGUUAAAGGAAUAUGCACAGAGCUUAGGAUUACAGCCAAUGGUGAAGUUUAAGUGUAGAAAAUGCUAUUCAAUGACAUUUAAAACACUAGAAAUGCUGAAAAAACAUCAGUUAAUAUGUAGGGGUCAGGCAAAACAGCCCAUGUCAUGUCCAGAAGGUGUUACACAAACAGAUGGCCAGUCAAGUGGGCCAUCUAGAGUCACAAGAAAAGUAUACCUAUGUUCAGCUUGUGGCACUUACUAUGAAAAUUGGAAUCUCUUCCUACACAUGAGAGAAGUACACAAUAGGCAUAUCUGUCUGUUUUGUUUAGGCAUGUUUUCCAAAGCUGAAAAAUUAUCAGCUCAUUUAAUAAAUAAACACAAUGUUCAUUAUUUAAAUUAUAAUAGCAAAGAAGACUUCACCAAUGAUUAUAAUGGCAGUUAUUAUUUAAUGUGCUGUAUGUGUGAUGAAAUAUGUAGUGAGAAAGAUGACUUCUUUAACCAUGACUGUAAUAAUGUCAAACCAAAACCUGUACCUGUCCUAAUUAGUAAAAAUUCAUUGAAGACAAAUAAUUCUCUGAAAAAUGUUAAGGAGACUACUAGUGGCCCUGUAAUGACAAAGGAAAUGCAAAAACCUGUGACUGAUAAUAUUAAAGACAAUGAUCAAAUUUGUGAUACAGUUCCCACACAUAUUCCAAAAACAAGCACACAAUAUAUUCAUAAUCCUGAUUUUGUUAAUAGUGAUACCAGUAUAGGUUCUAGUAAUUCAUUAAAUGAAAGUAAAGACACUAGCAAUACCGCUGAUUCUGCAAUAGAAAUGGAAAGUCCAAACUACAAACAUCCAAGCCCUACUGAAAAUGUUUUAGAAUAUAUACCCCCUCUGAAUGGUGAUGAAAAGGUUCAUAGUGGAUUGGAUUCUUGCAAUUUAAGGCAAACAACCGAUCUUCAAAGCUACACAUCUGAUCCAGAAGUGCCUAAAAUGCAAGAUAAUCAUCCUCUUGCACCAGAAAAAGAAUGUGGUAUUAAGUUGAAACUAAGUUUAAGUAGUGCAAAAUCACCUGUUAUUAUAAAUUCUACAGUGGACCCAUCUGUGGGGCAACAAUAUUCACAAGCAAAUAAACCACCUUCAAGAAAUCGACGACCACCCAAGAGAUAUGAGAAAGAAAAACCUCCAGAUGUAGCACCACAGCUUAAAACACCGUCUAUUAAAAUGACUAUAUGUGACAAGGCUGAUAGUCCUUUUGUUAAAACUACAUUUUAUGAAAAUCACAAACAAAGUAUAGUAAAAACUCUUGUCAAUAAUAAUUGUGAGCCUCCCUAUGAUAUUUUAGAUAGCAAACCAGAAAACAAUCUUAAGUCUACUAUUUAUGAUAAUAAAAUUGAGGAUGUGAAUACAUUAAAUAGGGUACCAAAAUUAACUGUUAGAGUUCCUAAAGAAUUUCUUGAUAAAGCUUCUUCUAGUGAUGAUUCAUCUGAUAGUGAUAGCAGUGAAAAGCUUACUGUGGAUGAAAACAACACAUUUACUCAUGAGGUAAUAAAAGAGGAAAAUGAUAUUAUUGAUAAGAACUUGGAAGAACCUUAUACAAGCAGUAUGCCACCUAACAAAGAAGUAACCGAAGAAAGUCAUAAUGAAAUACAGGAAGAAUAUAAUGAAACACCAGAUGAUAAAGUACAAAUGCCAGAGAUAACUACAAAUGACCAAUUGUCUCCAAAAGUCGAAACUACAUCUGAAGGACAGGACCAAGAUGCAAAUGGAGAAAUUAAUGUGGAGGAUAUCACUCCAACUGAUGCUUCUCCGGCAAUAGAACUGACUUUAGAUGAGCCAAUUGAUAAGUAUCCUUUGAAAGACCUUAUGAAAGUAUUUCUUUUAAAAACAUUUUUUAAUUGUAUUUACUGCAAUCAUGCUAGGAAAAUUGCUGUAAAUUGUGAACAGUUAGCUUUACAUAUGGUUGCCCAACACAAAUUCUCAGCAACAGUGAACAGUAUUACUGCGGAAGAACUACUACCAGAGACUAUAUCUGCCAAAAUUAAGGCUGGUGUUGAAGAAGUGGCUUCAGUUUUUAUUAAUUUGGACUCAUAUGAUAGUGUUGAUAAGUGUGAGACUGUGCAGUAUAGUCAAAUAUUUGAAUGUUUUCAGUGUUAUUUCAAAACUGCAGUACAUAAAGAACUAUAUCUGCACAAUCGUAAAAUGCACCAGAAAACCAUUAUGCUGUGUAUUAUGUGUAAAAACAAUUUUUAUACUUAUAGUGAACUACUCUGUCAUUUGUGUCCAGGAACAUAUAAUUCUGACUAUGUAAUUAAAUUUAGAUGUUGCUUUUGUAAUGUAGACUCUAUAUCUUCUUCAUUUAGAUUAAUGGUGCAUCUUCGGAAGAUUCACCACACCUGUGAUGUAUGUUUAGAAUUUUGUCAAAGUCAAGCACGCCUGUCUAAUCAUGUUUGGAAACACAAAUUACACCAUUUAUGUUUUCGGUGUGGCAUUGCUUAUAGAAAUAAACCAGACAUAAAUAAUCAUUUAUUUUGGAAACAUGGUACUGAAAGUGUUAUGUGUAAGAGAUGUCUUCAAAAGAAAUGGCCGCAUGUUUAUCAUUUUUGCAUACCACCAGCAAUUUUUGCUUGUGAAGAAUGUAACCUACAAUUUACAAGAGCUGUUUACUUAAAGGUUCACAAGAGAUUUCAUUCUGGGGAGUAUCCUCAUGUGUGUACAGAAGAAGACUGCACUGAAAAAUUUGUUUCAAAAAAAAUAUUAAAUAAACAUAUAGAUGAGCACAAGAAAAAACUAAUAACUGAAACAAUUGAUGAUAAUCAGACUGCCAUGAAUAAUAAAUUUGAUGACAAAGAUCAAAUACCAGUCAUUGACUUAAUUUGUGAAUCAAAGAAUGAACCAGGAUCUUCAGAAGUUAAAGUUGAACCGGAAAUGGUCACAAAAAGGUCAAAGAAAAAGAAGUUAAAAGAUAAGGAUGCAUUACUGUUGGAUGUAAAUUUACCUGCUCUUAACUUGUCUGAAAGUGACAGUAGUGAUGAAUCUGAUGGUGAGAGUAAAACACUUGGACCUAAAGAGGAGUCACAAGAUAAAGUUUUUGAUGAUGCACAGACAGAUACUUCUAAUGAAAAAGAGAAGCCUGAAGUCAUUAAAACAGAAAAUAUAGAAACACAUGAGACAAAACUUGAAUUGGAGAAAGAUGAAAAAGAUAAAGAAAAUAUAGAAGAUGACAAAUCAAGUGAACAACAAGUGUUACAAAUUUGGGAUAAUCUUCAAAAGUACCAUGCUAAUAAUUUUGAACCUCAAAAAGAAAAAACUCCCCCUCCAACCCGAAGACGACAUGUUUGUGAAUCAGACCAUGAUUACUGUGUAAUACCUGCUGAUUUUCUUAUAAAUGAAGAUGUUCUUAAUUCUGAGAAAAAGAAAAACAAAAAGUCACCAAAAAAAAGGCAUGGAGAUAUGUCAUCAUCUAGCAGUAGCAGUAGUGAUAGUGAUUCAAGCUGCUCAUGUGGAUCGAAUUGUAGUUGUUCUUCCAGCAGUGGAUCGUCUUCAUCAAGCUCAUCAGAUUCUGACUCAUCAGAUGAUUCUGGAAAUGAAGAACACAAUGCUCGUAAAAUGAAAAAAGUUUCACGUAAAAAUAUAUCUGCUAGAAGAAUGAGUAAUGGAUCCAAUGUUGAUGUCAUGGGUAUGACAGAAACACCAGUGCUUAUUGCUGAAAAAAAUGAACCCACGAUUGCUGAAACUGAUUUAGAAACUGAAGAGAGUGACACAGAUGAAGAGUUUUAUGAUGAAAAUCCACAACAAUUGGCAAACAAAUUGUACAAUGAAAAGCGGAAUCAAUUGUUGUCAUCUAUUACACCCUCUGAUGGUGGUUCAGUUUCUGAGGAAGUUAGUAGAUGCACAACACCCGUUAAAGAGGAGGUGGAACCUAAAGAAGUUGAAAACAAAGAGAAGUCGAGCAGUAGUAAGAAAAAGAGCAAGAAGAAAAAGAAGUCAAGAAGUUCUAAAAAACAUGGUCCUAUUAAACUUAACAUUCCUAAAGGGGUAAUUCUGCCUGAACCUGAACCUGCAACGCCAUUAAUCCCGAAUAAAAUUACAAUAUCCCUUCAAUCAAACACAGUACAUCUACAAGAAGCACCAAAAACCCAAAAUCCUACUGCAACUAACUUAAAAGCCACCCAAUCCUCUAUUGAAAGGAAAAGGGCAUCAAAACGACGGCGAGUUCCAAACAAAUUUUAUGGGUACUCUAGUGAUGAUGAAGCAUCAACACCUGCAGCACUAAAGCCUCAAUUACCGCCUAAACUAGAAUGGAGAAAGGAAGACUUACCAUCACCUGCACCACACAAGACCAAGAAAGAGAUACCAUCUACUGUGAUUCCACAAACCUUUUUCAAUUUUAAUGAGCCCAUAAGGUUGACUGCUCCUGUACCAGAUCCAGAACCUCCAAGAAUUUUGAUGAAUACAGAAUCCAUGGAAUCCAGUGAAGAAGAUACAAGUGAUGAAGGAGCCCUUGAAAUAUAUCAGCCUACAGUACAAAAUACGUCAACAUUGCCUCCGCCAACGUAUUUGAAUUCGGGAACGUCGAGUUUGCCCUACCCGUUCCAAAGACCCCCAGUGCGUCAGGCCAAAGAGGGAGAAAGUGUUUAUUGCUACUGUAGAUGUCCUUAUGACGAGGUAUCAGAAAUGAUAGCAUGUGAUGCCGAAGGAUGUCCUAUUGAAUGGUUCCAUUUUGAAUGUGUCGGUAUCAUGGUACCGCCUAAAGGCAAAUGGUACUGCCCAGAAUGUAGGAAAAAUCAAAAUUUCUCAGGUUACAGAUAGGUCAAAACACAACAAAUGUAAAUAACAUAUUAUUAUUAUGUGUAUAUAAUUUAUUUAAAAUUGUAGAUAACCUAGUUAUACCUGUGUAUAUUCUUUAAAUUUAGAUAGAUGUUAAGUUAGUAUAUUAGGUCUGAAAUUGUAUCAUUGUUAUUGAAAGUACAUGUUAUGCUUGAUGCUGGCUGUGGGGCCUAUUCUGUAUAUCUGAGAAAAAUUGUUAACUGACCAUAAAUUACCGACGGAAUGGAAAUAUAAAUCCAGUUUUUGAUACCA